UAAAUCUUGAAAAAACGCCAAAAGUCCGACUGCCACGCAUUAUGACCCCCUUAACAAAUUUAACAAAGUGAAUCUUCGAAACUUCGAAUCCCAUCGUUGAACGAUUACUUCAAUUGCAUUGUCCCAUGAAAAAUUGUUGCUGUUGUUUCUCUGUGAGAACAGGUUCAAUAAUAAUCGGAAUCCUGUCGACAAAAAAAGCCAAACACAUGUAUCCUUGGCUGGCUCUAACUUUCACAACUAUAAUUUUUGGAUCCUGUUACGGCCUGGCGUCAAUCAUCGUGCUCGCUUCGAUGAUCAUUGUGGGAAUGUUGCUGCUUUCUUUAAUUAUCCUCGCAAUACAAAUCGCUCUUAGUUCCUACUUCUGGUUAGUCGUCCAUCAACAAUACAAAAAUCUUCAAACAGAAGAAAAUCCUAUUGCGUUUACAAACGUCAUCUCAAAUGCCCAUGUGUCACAGCCUAAUUCUUAUCCCAAUGUUUGAAAUUAUAAAGGGAAC